AUGGCAUCAUCAUCAAAUAAUGUUAACAAUAGAAAGUCCAGCACAGAUGCUGCCAAAGCAGCUAGAAACCAAAGAAAUGGAAUCAAGCGAUUAGAAGAAAUUAGAUUAAAUCUUAACAUUGAAUUGUCAAAUGUCAAACAACAAUUAGAGAAUAAGAAGAAUGAUGAAAAAAAUUGGUUUGAACUUAAAGCGCAGCUCGAGCAACGAAUUGAAGAUUACAAAAAAAUGAUAGAAUAUUUAAAAGAUCUCAUGAUUUCGGUACUUGUUAGAAGCAAUAGAAAUGGCAUUAAUUUUGGGCCAAACCCAGUUUUUGCAAUUGAAGAUAACGAUAACAGUAAUAAUUAUAAUCAAAGUCAAUUCCACAAUAACACUGUUUUCGAUUUUAAUAAUUUGAGUAGCCACGUUGAUCUCAACACGUUAAACCAAAUUUUUGCCAUAGAAAACAACAAUAAUUACAAUCAAAGUCAAAAUCCAAUCCACAAUAAUUUGAAGUCUAGCACAGACGCUGCCAAAGCAGCUAGAAACCAAAGAAAUGGAAUCAAGCGAUUAGAAGAAAUUAGAUUAAAUCUUAACAUUGAAUUGUCAAAUGUCAAACAACAAUUAGAGAAUAAGAAGAAUGAUGAAAAAAAUUGGUUUGAACUUAAAGCGCAGCUCGAGCAACGAAUUGAAGAUUACAAAAAAAUGAUAGAAUAUUUAAAAGAUCUCAUGAUUUCGGUACUUGUUAGAAGCAAUAGAAAUGGCAUUAAUUUUGGGCCAAACCCAGUUUUUGCAAUUGAAGAUAACGAUAACACGCACCUUACUCCCACAUCAAACAGAAUCAGCACAUCUUUAUUUACUGUUGGUAUCAAAAUAUCGACACAUGAUGCUGGAUUUGUGCACGGUGAUUUGAGGGAUAUAAAUAUCCUAACGGAUGAUGGCGUUCGACACAUCAGUCAUAAUGUUAAAUCAUUCUUCAAAGUGUAUCGAUCGCACUUUGGGUGCCCGGCAAAUUUUGAUACAUAG